AAUGUAUGGAAAGUGUAACUUUUUGAUUUUAUUACUUACAGUUUUAGAAAUUGUCGACUGUAAAUACCAUGAAUUAUCAAGAAUAGGAGGGGGAGGAAGAAUAGAUAAUUUUAAAUAUAUUGUGGCAAUAUUGAAUCACCAUACUCAUAAAUUUUGUGGUGGAACUCCAUUAUCCGAUAACUAUAUUUUGACUGCAAGACACUGUGUUUGUGACAUUGAAACCUUGGAACCACAACAAAACGCUUUUUACGUUAAAUAUGGCAGCACACAUUUUCCUUCAGGAAAACACAUAAACGUGGCCGAUAUUCAUUGCAAUCAGGAAGCCGAUGUUGCUAUAAUAAAAUUGCAAGGUUCCAUGGAAAAAUCUGACGAUUGGGGUAUUCCAUCCCUACAAACCACACCUUUUGAUACAUCGAAAAAUCACAGUGCAAUGGCGGUUGGUUGGGGCACAACUAAGCCCGGCGGUACGGUAACACCAGACUUAAAAAAACUGAUUUUUACCAUAUACUCCAACGAGACCUGUCAUAUGCCAUUCCUCUUAUGUUUAGGAUCCGAACAUGGAAGCAUAUGCUCGGGCGAUUCAGGUUCGCCAAUUUUUUCUGGGGGCAAUGUGGUUGGUGUAAACAGUUUUGUUAUGGGUAGGUGUGGACAUUCCAACGAAAAGCACCCUGAUUGGGUUGUGGAUGUUUCCACCGUUUAUCCAUGGAUUAAGAGUACAGCUGGAUUAAAAGGUUAAAUGUUAAAACAGGUUUUAAUUGGCAAUAAAAGUUAUGGAAAAAAAUAUUUUUUUAAUUUAAAUAUAAAGAGGAUUCAAAAAAGUGAUGACAUUUUGGCAGUACGACGCCAUUUUAUAUUCCAU